GCAAGAACGACAUCAACAAUCAAGGUUCAACUGUCAAUCUGCAAACUAUCCGUGUUUCAGCGUGUGUAAAGCUAUUGGGCACUCGGGUAAAUUGUACCAAACUAACGCGAGUUACGAUUGAUUCGUAAGCGUAUUGAUCCGCCGUGGAAUUGGAUGGUUACAUUUGUAACAGAACAAUCCAUUGUUCAGCAAAUCAGAUCCAAAUUCCGUGGUGCCAGUUCGUCGACGCUGUGUUGCAGAUUGGCAUCUCGAUUCCGUACCUACAAUCAUGGAGAAUUCACAAACCAAGCGUAGCACCAGAUCGGCGGCACCUCCUGCGGUUUCCGCCGAGAUGCCAGAACUCAAAGAAGAACCUAUCGAUGACGACAUUUCCCUCGAUCACACAAGACAGGCUGCAACAGAAACCACACAUCAGGAGGGUUUCCUAAGCAGUGGUGCUAGAGAUCCGUUUUUGGAUGAAAUGGAAAUCGGCGAGACCAGCAUUACGUUUCCGAAUGCCUUUCUCGAUGCGUUUGGGCAAGACGUCAAGACUGAACACCCAACUGCAGAGGAGAGUGAUUUAAAUGCUGAAGCCGUUGAGGCUGCUGGUUCGAGUACUGCAAAGAGAAAAAACUGUGACGACGAAGAAUCAGAAGAGGACUCAAGCAGUGCAACGAAAAGGCUGCCAAAUUCUACACAUAGAAAGCAGUACUUGAAACAAGUAACAUGGAUGCAUUUUGAACAAACUGCUGGAGGAGGAAUUUGUCGGUACUGUGGAAAGAUGAUAAAAAUGAAUCGGGGCUCAACGUGGAACCUAGCGCGCCAUAUGAGAUCGUUUCAUGCAGGAAUUAAAUUCCCCAUUGCAACCGGCGAGGAUGCAACAUCACCAAGAUCACCAACACCUACGAAUGUAUCUGUUGUCACUUCGGACCAGAAUGGUCAAUCGUCACAUGCUGAUUUUGCUGGACCGCUAUCCACGUUUAACUCAAACAACUUGGACCGGCUGUUGAUGCUUGCGUUAAUUAAAGACUGCAAUCCUUUUACCAUGAUCGAAGGAAAUUACUUCCGGGUUUUCGUUAGUAAGCUAAACCAGCAGUACAAAAUGCCGUCAACGAAAUAUCUUACCAAUGAGUUGCUUCCCCGGGUUUACAACGAAACUGUUGAAAGCGUUCUAUUCAAAUUAAACAAGGCGGAAACAAUCUCGCUAACGAUAGAAGGAUGGACAAACUCAAACAAUACGAAUUUGAAGGCUAUAACUGCGCACUUUUUACAAGAAGGAUGUAAGCCGACGUCACAUCUCUUAGAAUGCUUAUCGUUUAAGGAGUCUACUGCUGAUGAGGAUAUAGUAGAAUGGAUUAAAAAAGUAAUCAAUAAAUUCGCCCUGAGAGGCAAAGUCGUCAGUCUGACAAGUAACCAUGUGAGCGACAUGAAAUCUGCAUGCUUGAAGCUAGGUCUGCAGCAUUAUUACUGUUUCGCACACGGUCUCGAUACAGUAGUGCAAAACGCCAUUACCGACAGCAUAAUGCAGACGUACGAGAAAGUAAAACAAAUCAUUCUAGAUAUCAGACAAAGUGACGUUGCAACAAAAACUCUGCUAGAAAUGCAAGAUAGUUUGAAUCUGAAGGAUACGAAACUGAAGUGCUACAAUGCGAACGAUUGGAAUUCAACAUAUGAUAUGUUAUAUCGAUUUUGGCAAAACAAAAUUCCUGUCCUUGUAUGCAUGAACUCGUUGCAGGUUGUAACUACCAACAUGCAGCCUAACGACUGGAGUACCGUUGAACAUUCCGUACAGGUUCUAGGCUAUUUUGAUGAAGCCGUCAAACAUGUAUCGUCCGAUAGCUUAGUUACGCUUUCCAAAAUGGGACUGAUUGUAAGGUUACUGCAGCAAAAAGUGAUCGAGUUUCAAAGAGAUACGAAAAACUUAAAGCCAGAUAUGCAGGAUAUGGUUUCGCGAUUGAUCAGCGGAAUUGCCGCUGGAUUAGAGCCGUUGAAAAAUGACCAGCAUGUGUUGCAGGCCAUGAUUUUGGAUCCAAGAAUAAAGCAACAGGGUUUGGAUAGGGAAAAGGAUAACUUUCAGUCAGCUUCCGAAGCGAUCAUCAAAGCCAUUUCGCCCAUGUACAUGUACUAUGAGCUUCCCUCGCCAAAGGUUCAGCAACAGAGCUCAGUGCCAACAAAUUCAAUCUUCUUCAGCUUUGUAAGUAGCUUACCGCAAGCUGAAGCAUUGAACAGUCCGAAAGCAGCUGCCAAAGCAGAACUAGAUCGAUAUCUUAAAGCAGAUAUACUAGCGUUGGAUCAGGAUCCAUUGAUGUGGUGGCACAAGGAAAAAAAUAACUACCCCAAGUUGUACGAUCUCGUGCAGAAGCGAUUCUGUAUUGCAGCGACAGCAGUACCCUGCGAUCGAAUGUAUACCAAAGCAGGCCGAUUGUACAGAGAAAAACGCUGCAAAUUGGGCGUCAAAAAUGUGCACGAGUUUUUGUUCAUUCAGCAAAACUAUGACAACGCAAAGUUGGAAGACUUAUGAAUAGUCUAUGUUAUUAUUUAAGAUUUGAAUUUGACGUAAGAAUUUGAAAUGUACUUAUUGCUAAGUAUAAAAUAAUUAUGAUGAUAACUGAAACUAA